GACGCGCGGAGUCAUCUGUAGGCGCGUGUAUAUUCCCAAGACCUCCUUCUCGUUCACGACAAAUUACUCCUCCGACAUUGCAGUAUAACACGAAAAGCAUUAAAACAACAGCCAGUUAAGCCUCAAAACCCGAUAGACAGACUUGUGUGGCAUAUAACAAUAGAGUGAUUUUUUAUUCAUCAGCACUGCAAUAGAUUACAACAGCGAUCCCCGAUUUCCUCUCCCAGAAUUUGCAUUAGUUGUUGUGCUUUCUCUCUCGGUUCUCGGCGGUUUGCCAGUUUGGCUAUCAGUUAUUUAAACCGGACUCCGCGCGGCGAACUCUUCAUAGCAAGGGGGACUACUCGAAGACCAAGGGAGGCGACCGCGAGAUCAACACAGGAGGUGUUAGAACUAGUAACUAGGCCUACUGCUACAACUGUCGGUACGGGACUUCGUUCGCAAGAGAGAGGCACAGAGAAUUAUCCUAGGGAAAUCUUAGAAGACAUUUCCUUCACGUGCCGGGACUUUGACGAAAUACAAGCAAAGACUUUACGAGUUAGGAACACGGAGAACAAGAUUACAUUUUAAAAAAGAAAGAAAGAAAAGGCAAGCAGGCGAAACGAGAGCAAGAAAAGCAGAACUUUCCAAGACUUGUCUCCGACGUCACCAAAAGCAGCAACAAUCGUAAUGGAUUCUGCAGGGCUGCACAUAAACUUCCGGUUGUCUCACGUGCUCACAGUGGUCACGUGUAUCUUGUACAUUCUUCCACCAACCACAACAGCAUACUCCUUACCAGCCCCCGGGAAAGCAGCAUUCCAGCACCAGCUGUCCAAGCGAGAUGUAUAUAUGGGACUUAAGCUGCAUUGUCAAGUCCACCCUGCGAAUUGUCCGGGCGGUCUUAUGGUGACAAAGAAAAGUGAUCUUCUCGGGGCUUUGCUGUCGAGAAACAGUCCUUCGUCCUACGGCCUGCCCUCCCGGGACAUGAGCACAGCCUACAAACGUCAGGACGUGAGACAGCAGCUGCGUAUGUUUGACGAUCUCGUUCAGCUCCGCAAGCUGAUAGAAACGCCGUCAGUCUAUCCAUCAGAAGAGGACGAAGCCAGAUUGUACGAUUAAGACGCGGCGACCAGCUGUCCAGUGGUCCAGACAGGGAUGGCCACUGCCACCUCCAGCCGUACAAUUGAUCUCCCUACCACCGACGCUGCUGUUGUUGACAGAACCACCUCACAAAACCUCCCACCAUCCCACAGAACUUCCCACCACCCCUUCUUGAAGCCUUUAAACAUGCCAUUCUGUUGGUGCGAUUUUUACUUUAACGUAGCGUGAAGAAAAAGCAGAGCUUUUGUUUCCCUAAUUGAUGAGUCCAGAGUCUCUGAAUGUUGUAAAAAGAAUAUGUUAAUUUUGGCCAGGUACUGCAGUUAUUGACAAGAUAAAGAUUUGUAAUAACAGAUAAGUAGUAUGGUGAAGUAUGCAUAUUCAAUUCGUGUAGGAAAAUGAUAAAUGAUACUUUUCUUUGUUCUAUAAAGGACAACUAAAAUGAAAAGAAAAAAACCCAACAAUUUUUCAUUUCGUACAUUUAGACGGAGAAUGUUGUGCAAGUGUAAUGAAAUCGUGUCCCUCUAUUCCUGUGUCCUUACUAAAUUUAAGUAGUAUGUAUAUGCCACAUAAUUCACUUUGUUUCUCUGUUAGUUAUAAUUUGCGUACUGUUCUUCAUUUGGAUUGGAAGAUUGUCUCUCACACAAGAACUUUUUAUUUUGUUGAAAGGCGCGAUAAACCAA